AGGCAGGGGGUAGUUCCGCCACCGGCGGACAGGCCCCAACCGAAAAUGAGCACCACCCCGAAGUGGUACUGCCGCAACAAAUCCCAGCCGAUGCACACGUUCGCGGAAAUCGGCAAAUUGGGCCUGGAGCUGCGUCGGAUUACCAAGCGCAUAGUGAUCGAUGUCAACUCGGCGAUAUUCAGUGAGCAUGACACCAUUUUGGAGGAGUGCGAACGGGUGGUGGAGCAGUACUGGAACCUCAAGGACGAGACCAAGAACGCCGACUUUCAGUCGCUCUCCAAGAAGAUCAAGAGGAGUCCCUACAACCAGCUGCUGAUGAAGAAGUUCCACUUGAUCAUGGACCUCAAUGACCGAAGGUUCUGCCAGCUCACCUUUGUGCUCAAGCGAACGCUAAGCUUCCUACUCCGCAAGUCCAUGCAGUCGGAGAUGUGGCUGAAUUGGGCCCUGCACAUUACCCAGCUGUAUAACAAGUGUCGCAAGGUGGAGAAGCCUUUGGAGCCGGUGGCGGUGGUUCCCCAGCCGGGUGAGGAGGAGCCGGAGGAGGAGCCCAAGUUGGGUGGCAAGAGGAAGGAGGAAAUGCCCGCCAAUGUCUGCAGCAACAUGUAUCCGGCCCUGCUCCUGGCCCUCAAAUCCAUUGAUUUUGGCUACGUUUUGCAGCUUGUGGCCCAGACUCGAGUGGAGCAGAAUGCCCUGGACCUGGUCUUUGGACUCUUCAACAUGGGCGAACAGGAUGCCUGGCGGGAGCAGCAGAACUUGGAGUCCACCUCCUCCAGCCUCGAGAUUCUGCGCACCCUGAACAUAUCCUUUGCCGCCGGGGACUACCAGCCGUAUUGCGAUACCGCCCAGGACUACAAGUCCAUGCAGCUGCAGAUGGCGGACGGGAGUCUCCAGGUGCAGGACCACGACCAUCAGAGCCUGCGCUGCAAGCACACGGAGAGUUUCCUGCAGAAGGAGCGGGUCUUCAUCGCCCAACUGAUAGCCAAGGCCACGGAAAUAAGUCCGACCAUUUUCGAUAAUGGCAAAAAGGGUCCAGUGGACAUGAAUGUUUAUAUUGUCAAGGGUUUGCGACUGCUCUGGUCAUAUGUGGGCAUUAUUUUGGAUCAUAUACUGCUCUGGUGGAUAGAUAACCCCGUGUCCUGCUAUCGUCUCACCCAUAUAGACUCCAUUCGCAGCUGGCUUUAUCAUCAGAGUGUGAAUGACAUACCCGAACCUGUUUACACAACGCUACGUGGUAUUGGCGAGAUCCUCACUGGAUUUGUAUGCAACAACAUUUGGGAUCAGCUCUUCCGACUCACCCUCAUUUCUUCGAAUGAUACCAACCGUCUGGUGGAUGUGGUAGCGGAGCAGUACCGCGAUUGUCCCAAAAAUGAUUUUGGAACCCCAACCGGCACCGUGUGGAUCAGUAUUUUCGCCAACUUGGUGAACUUGAGUAACCAAUAUUUCUCCAAUCUGGAGGCGCACAAUAACUCCAGUCUGUUGCCAGUGGCUGAACAGAUACCCAUACUUCACAGGCUGGAUCAUUCGGUGCACUCAAUGCGCCUCUGGGUCACCGAGCAGGCGAAACUCCUGUGCUGCGAAUGGAAAAUGGAUCGCUUCUUCCAGAUCCUUGAGCACGAUGUCAAGCUGUGCCUAAAUGUCUUCAUCACCUUUCAACUGCCGAAACUCACUGCCGACCUGAGCGAUAUACUGAUGCUGGUUUGUGUGGCCCUGCGGACCAAACUCAUCGCCGAGGUCAAUGCCAACAUAGACAAGCUUAAGAAAACCACCGACGAGUGUGUUCAGAUCCUGUCAGCGGUUUGCCGAGUUCUCAGCCUGGCCAACUUUACCCUCUGCUUUCCCGGUGCCACUUUCUGGCAGCGAGAUGUUUACAACAACGAGGAGAAGAGCCUGUACGUGGGCUAUGUGCUGGACGAGAUCUACCUGCCCACGAUACGUGCCACCAAGGACAUUGUCAUACUCAAGCUGAUCCUGAAGCUCAUCUGCGAGGCCUGGCUGGACUUCAUCUACCAGAAACGCAUCCGCUUCAGCGUCAAUGGAGCAGUGCGAUUGCUGAACGAUUUCGAUGAUGUGCGCGAGUGGAUCCUGGCCUGCACUCUGUUGGAUGAGGAGCAGCUGGAUAAGCUGAGCAACCACGAGGUGCUGCGAAUGUGCAAGGGCGUGGGCAAGAUACUGCUCCGCAAGCCGGAGGACGUGAUCUCCAUAGCCCAGUCGCCGAAGUUCGACAAGAAAGCGCAGGAUGCCUCCGCCCAGGAUACCCAGUUGCCCUCCGAGAUGUUCGUCUCCAAUCAGAAGCACUGGCUGCAACUACGAGCCACUGGAGGCAAUGGAUUUCCCUUUUUGAAACUCUGCUGCGGCGAUGCAGCCAUGUAGUCGACCGUUUAGGGGAUACAAAUGUUUAUUGAGUCGCUAAAAUGCUUUACAAAAGUGAGAGUCUAGAAUAUAUAUAUAUAUAUAUAGA